GACAGGUGAGGUGCAAUCUGAUUGGUUUGUUUCCACUUGACUUUUCUCGCCAUUCUACGCUUUGCCAUGUCGUCAAGCAGCAACAGCAGCCAAAGCUCUCUUCCGCGGUGUUGGUGGCGUCGAUCGGGAUCUCUGCCAGAUGCAAAGGACCUGUGGGUGCGCCAAGGAACUGUAGCGACGGAACAGGUCAGGUGGUCUAUUGACUCGUCGUUGCCCGAGAGAGCAAGAUGGACGAAUACCGACAGGAUCUCCCACCACAUCCAUGCCGCGCGAUCCUUGGAGCACUUGCGAAGAUUGAGCAUGAUCUCUGGAGAAAGCUUGUCAGUUCCUGUUGCUACUACCGACGUAGGAUCGUCGUUCCACGUGGGUGGUGGUCGCGAUCAUUUGAUGCACUACGACUACUUGGACCGUAGCCAGCAAAUGUUUUCUCACUUAGCGUUGCGAGGCACGGAUUACCCUAUGUCCCAAGCAAGUGGCCCUUCCGAAAUUGAGUUUUAGCAGUUAUUGCAAAGUUCAUUUUAUCAUUUGAGUUGGUGUACUGUACCGCUUGACUUGUGCUGCGCGACUACCACUAGCAGCAGCACAACAUGCCUCGUACCUGGCUUU